AUGAUCUAUGAAACAGAAUCAGCCAAUGAUCAGAACAUCCAGCAAGCAAAUAUUUACAACAAAUAUACUCCAAUCUAUGAUUCCAUUCAAAAGCAAGCACCUAAAAUGUUUGACGAAAUCAAAUCGCAACUGUCUCGUCUUAUUCAAUUCGGUGAAAUUGAAUCCGGAUUUUCAUUUUGGUCAAAUAAAUUAGCAGAUUUCAUUACACUCUACGGUUUUUAUUUUACGAAAAAUGAUCAUAUCAAACUGGUUAAUUACUAUCUUUCCAUCCUCACCAUUGAUAAUUUAAACUAUACACACGUUAGAACAUGUUUCAAUCAACUUCGCCUACUCUUACGAGAACUUGAAUUGAUCACUCGAGAUGAGUUAACCAUCGACUGGCGAAUAUUGUAUCAUUGGGGUGAAUUAAUUCGUUUUCAUCAUGAUGAAAACUAUGCCUUAGUCACAAUGCCAAAUGAUAUGCAACAAGUCUUUUUCGAUUGCAUGCAUGUUUGCCGUUGUUAUUUUUCGUCUACAGCAACACAAGAAAUAUUGGAUAAACUUCGACCGUGGUUGUGCCCUUUUGAUAGUGCAUUUGAAGAUGCACUAUAUUUCUUCCAGAUUUUCCUGCCGAUUCAUUUACCGUCUGAUUUACAUGAACAAGGAUUUAAACUAUGGCUGCUCGAAUUUCUUGGAAUAUGGGAGAGUAUUCAGCGGUUUUAUCCUAAUUGGGAACAGUAUUUUAUUAACCUAUUUUCUGUCGUGGCAUGGCAUAAUAUUGGAUAUAUCGACUGGGAACCAUGGAUUUCUCAGAUUUUUACACGUUUUCUGAGAAAUCUAUCUCUUCCAGUUGGUAAUCUUUCAACAACAUCCUUGAAUACUCCUUAUUUGUCAAGUACCAUAGCGACAUUAAUCGUAGCGAUGAUUGGAAACGGGAGUUCAUGUCUCGAGCAUAUCAAAGAUUUCUUUAGGUCAAUUAAGAGUUUUUAUCAUCUAUCAAAUACCGAGUAUUUCCAAGGAAAUAUCGUCGAAUUUCUCACCGAAUUAACCAAUCAGUUUCUUGAACGUGUUUGCCAAGAGAAGAAUAUCGAACAAACCUGGUACUUCCAAGUGCGCGCAUCUUUUCGGUUAACCGACAAAGAUAUCGAUGAAUUUGUCGAUUCGCUUAAAGAAUGCGUUUACAUUUCAAUCUUUAACAAAACAGAUCUUGACAAUGCCGCUCGAGCAUUUCGGAAUCUAGCAAUGCUUCGUCCGGAACAGAUCAUUCCAAAUCUCAUCGAACAAUUGUUUCUAUCUAUCGAUAACAUGAUCGAACCGCAUCGUUUUACAUCGAUUUUGUAUUGUUUAACAAAUGUGACAUUGGAAAUUGCCACACAAAAGCCGACAUAUGUUCUUCCAUUGUUGAUUGCUGUUUUGCCUGGAAUUGAUUCGAAUGAUUUCGAUAAAACCAGUGUUACUUUACAGUUUCUUAAGUCGAUGUUAUCAUUGAUCACUUGCGUGGAUUGUUCAGCAGCAGUUCAAAUUCGAAAUGAUCUGACUGAAAUCGAAAAGGAAGUCUGUCUAUCCACAAGUAAAUUCGAAGAUUUUCUAACUGAAUUUCUCAGUCGAUGUUUUCAAAUCAUUGAUCAUCUCUCAACGAUCGAAUCCGACGCUGAUACAGUCACAAAUUUCGAUGAAAAUAAUAUCGUCAGCGACCUAACAUCGGUGAUCAACGCGAUUGUUCAACAAUGUAGUGACAAACUUUUCGAAGUCCUUCGAAACAAAAUCACGAACUUUCUCGCCGUUUCAUCGAUGACUUCAAAAGUGAAUAAUCUGAUGACGAUUCUCGUUCGACCACUUUUGCAAGCAAACUCACAUGAAACAUUGAAAUCUCUUUUACCGCAAACAUGCGAACGGAUUGAGAAGAUCGUUGAUGAUUUGAAAACGACGAUUUUCACGGAUUAUCAAGGAGAUGCGGAACUUACUUGGUAUUUGAUUCUCUUUUCUGAACUUCUUCGAGCGCGUGGAGACUCGUUGAUCGUUUAUAAACCAAUGAUUUUCUCGAUUUUCCAACGAUCAGUUCGCAUUAUCCACCGAGAAUCAUACGGAGCUGUAGCAGAUGCGGCGCAAUACCUCCUUCGGAGUCUUUCGUAUGUUUAUCCAACCGAAUAUCGUAUAACAAUGCAAAGUAUCAACGAACCAUUCAACAAUUUUCUUCCUAUCCGGUCGUGGGGCCAACAUAUCAACGUCGAUGAUGUUCAUCCCCAAUUUCAUAUUCCCAAUCAGGAGGAAAUCACGUUUGCUUGUGAAUUUGCUGAAACAUUUCUUUAUCCAGAAUUGGCUUUGCUAACGGAGAAAUGUUCGGAAAUAUCCAAAGACGAACGGCUUCGAUCACUGCGACUAAUCUCUUCUAUUACAACUGGCUUUUUGCGAAUGGUUCCCAAGAUCAAUGAUGAAGAAGUCGCUGACCGCACUAGCACAUCGUCGAUGAUCUCUCUCGAAUCUAAAUAUAAACUUCCACUUAUAACCUAUGCUGGUGAACCAAAAUUUCAAGAGAAUUUGCGACGUCGUCUGGCUAUCGAUAUCGGAAAUCUACUUGACGAACUCGUUGAUAAGCAUCCCGAUGAUACAGCAUCGAUUUCGCUUGCUUUACAAGUUUAUUCGUUACCUUCAUGUUAUUAUGGCUUCUUAGCAAACGAAUGUGAGCGAAUAUCCGAUGAAUUAAGUUCAUCGAUCUAUUCAUAUGAAAGUGAAAUUAAGAACAAACGAUCCUAUCCUCGUUUCAUUCUAAUCCAAUGUAUCGAUGAACAACUCGAUUUGUUUUCUCUGUUUUAUUCCGAACCAUUCACGGAAAUGGAUAAACAAGUUGUGAAUAAAGUAGUAGAAUUAUCUAUGAAUCGAUAUAGUGAUAUUCGUGCAAAUGCUCAACAAUCUUUAUUUGUGCUUUUGAACCGUUAUCAUUUAUCCUAUGAACUAAUUGUCAAUCGCCUUUUGGAACUUCUGAAUGCAUCCGAAGAAGUGAAUCACGAUGAAUUCAAAGGUUGUUUGUACAUCUUACUGGGUACUGACUCGUUUUUCUUACCAGAAAAACGUUCAUGGCCGUUACUUGAAAAGCUCUGGCCUGCGAUAGCAUAUACCGAACAUGCAACCAGGGCAAGUACACAAGAUUUAAUCAUGCAAAUUCGGCAGAAAAUUUUCGAACGAUUCAAUGCUCCAGCAAUUAUUGAAGAAACAAAUCCUCGAGCAUUACGUGCAGCGAUUAAUCUUUGGCGUGAAUUAGAAUCUGAAGAGAUGAAAAUCAGCAAUGAGAAUCGAGCGAAAUCCAACGAGGAAAAUGUUCAAUCAUACACAAAUCUGAUGAAAGUACUGAGUUUUACAUCGAAUGAUAUUCAUUUAACUUGGCAUCAACAAAAAACAAUGAUAAACUUCAUUGCUAUGCUUCUUCAAAAACGAGUGCCUUUACCUACUUCGUGUAUUCAAACAGGAAUGGAUCUAUUCAUCCAUGAUAACAUUGAAUUACGAUUUAUGGCCGCGAGUUUUCUAUCGACUGUCUGUCGUUUGCAGAAACCACCUCGAAUUUACGUUGAGAAGACACGCGANCAUACCAUACAAAAAUCUCUCUGUUGUGUACCACCAAAUGGGUGUGUGCUUGUCAUAUUCAUCUUCCAGUUGCUUCACCUUCUUUCGAUCAAUGUCAUUGUCAACAAACUUGUCACAAUAGAAAUCCACAUAUUCUUUGAUGUGUUUAUGUUCGAAUCUGAUGGUCAACAAUAUUUCUUUGAUGAUUUGAGUGUACAUGAAUGA